UCCCCGCUGCUAUAAGUAUAACACAAUAUUUUAUUCCAUGCUCGGCGGUUGACCUUGCAAUACGAGUACGUCGAUUUCUACUUUAACUAGGUAUAUUGUGAGUGUAAAACAAGCGAUUUUAUCGCGGCGUUUGUUUUGAGUGCCUUUAAAUUCUUUCUUCUUCGCAACAGGAAAAGUAAAGAAAUGGAUGACAACGCGGUACCCUUAUAUCCUCAAGUAUAUCCUUCAGCUCAGAUUACAAAGAAGAUGGAUAAUUCUGCUCCUGUUUUAUUGACAAGCCAACCUUCUCCUAACCCACUACCGGUGCCGACUUUAGUGGGACCUGACAACAGCUAUACUGUGUGUCAAUUCUGCCACGCGUCAAUAAAAACCUCAGUGAGGUACACUGUCACUACGCGUACUCAUAUAUCUGCUGCCCUCUGCUGUAUUGCAUGCUGCUGUUGUUGCAUACCGUAUUUAUCUGAAUCGGCGAAAAAUACUGAUCACUAUUGUCCUAAUUGCCACAAAUAUCUCGGCACGUACGAGAAGUAAAUAUUCGCUAGAACGAAUCUAUUAUAAUGCAUUACACGAAUUACUUUGUAUUAUUUGAUUAAAAUAAUAAAAUUAUUUUUAAUGUGUAAGUAUGUAAGUUGAUACAUAUUGA